GGGGCGGGGGUUGUGAUCCUUGGUCAGUUUGCUGUAUUUCCGAUAUCUCGGGAUCUGCUCCCUCCUCUCAGCCCCACUAUUCCUAUAUGACUCCGGCCCAGCCCCUCUUGUCUGCGCUGUUUUGAUGGCUCUCACUUCAGUGGAAAAAGAACCAUCCGCACCCCCCUGCUCCCUACUUUACAGAACGCGGUGGCGGAAGCAAAUUCUUUCUUGGAGCAGGGAGGGUGGGCGCUGUGUACAUCUGCAUUGGCAACAGGGGAACAGAUUAUGCAAAUUUGAGCAGAUAACUGCCUAUGUGUCUUUAAAAAGUCUAAUUAGUGGGAAAUUACAGGCCACGCGCACAUGGAAUCGAAGCAAAUAUGCAUCAUUAUCCAUGCAGUUUAACUAAACAACCCAUAACAAACUAAACUGGUAAUGACAAGGCUGAACUGACAGCAAUUAUUAGUUAAAUAGCAGGAAAGCCAGCAACAACCAGCACAUUCAGAAAUCACAACCAAAACACCCUUUCUCCAAGUUGGAGGAGUUCCAGCUAUCUGCCUCUUUGGGUGCAGAGUGGCUUUGAAACAUGGCCAAGUGUUGUGAGGCAACCAGAUUUCAAUGGAAGAAAAUAUCCUCGGGUAAGGAUUAACAAACAAAACAAAAUUAGAUUAAAAAAAAAGAAAGAACGAGGUUUCCUCUUUGCUGCACCUACUUCGAGGAUGAAGACCAUUCUCAGCGAUCAGACUGUGGACGUCCCAGAAAAUGUGGACAUCACGCUGAAGGGACGCACAGUUAUUGUGAAGGGCCCCAGGGGCACCCUGCGGAGGGACUUCAACCACAUCCAUGUAGAGCUCAGUCUCCUUGGAAAGAAAAAGAAGAGGCUCCGGGUUGACAAAUGGCAGGGAAAUAGGAAGGAACUGGCCACAGUUCACCCUACCUGCGUUCAUAUACAGGACAGGAUCAAGGGCGUUACACCGGGCUUCCAUUUCAAGAUGAGGUCUGCGUACGCUCACUUCCCCAUCAACGUCGUUAUUCAGGAGAAUGGUUCCCUUGUUGAAAUUAGAAAUUUCUUGGGCGAAAAAUACAUCCACAGAGUUCGGAUGAGGUCAGGCGUUGCUUGUUCAGUAUCUCAAGCCCAGAAAGAUGAGUUGGUUCUUGAAGGCAAUGACAUUGAACUUGUGUCAAAUUCAGCUGCUUUGGUUCAGCAAGCCACAACAGUUAAAAACAAGGAUAUCAGAAAGUUUUGGGAUGGUGUCUCUGUUUCUGAAAAAGGAACAGUUCAGCAGGCUGAUGAAUAAGAUCUAAGAUGUCCAGCUUUAGAAAACACCAAGAUGCCGGGUGAUUUGUCACACUUGUUUGUGAAACUAUAAAGAUGUACAAUAAAAAGAAGAAAGAAAGAAUGAA